GCAGGCAGCGGGUCACCGGGCGGACAAGCAGCAGGCACCGGGCCCCCGGGCGGGAGCCAAGCAGGCACCGGGCCCCCGGGCGGAGCAGCAGGCACCGGGCCCCCGGGCGGAGCAGCAGGCAUCGGGCCCCCAGGUGGGGCGACCGGUAUCGGGCCCCCAGGCGGAGCGGCGGGCGCCGGGCCCCCAGGAGGGGCGACAGGCAUCGGGCCCCCAGGCGGGGCGACAGGCAUCGGGCCCCCAGGCGGGGCGACCGGCAUCGGGCCCCCAGGCGGGGCGACCGGCAUCGGGCCCCCAGGCGGGGCGACCGGCAUCGGGCCCCCAGGUCUCGGGCCCUCAGGCAGAGCGGCGGGCGCCGAGUCAUCUGGCACGACAGUGGGCUCCGAGUCAACUGGCAUGACCGCUGGCACUGGGUCAGACAUUGGAUCGUCUGGCUGGACAGCGGGCAUCGGGUCACCAGGCAUCAGGUCAUUUGGCUCGCCAGCGGGCACCACGUCAUCUGGCAAGGCAGUGGGCACCGAGUCA